AUGGCGCGGCGCCAUAACGCUAAUUAUCGGGGGCGAAAAGACGAAGAUUAUCGUUCUGUCGGGGCGCCAGAACGAAACAACGAAAUGGCAGAAAUCAGCCACCAUAGGAAACAGCUCAUUGGCGAGCACCGUGUGUAUCCGAGGGUACAGUACAGUUUGUGUGAUACAGCGAACAGUGUGUGUCGGAGGGUACAAUAUAGUUUGUAUGAUACAGCGAGCAGUGUGUGUCGGAGUGUACAGUACAGUUUGUCUGAUACAGCGAGCAGUGUGUGUCGGAGGGUACAGUACAGUUUGUAUGAUACAGCGAGCAGUGUGUGUCGGAGGGUACAGUACAGUUUGUAUGAUACAGCGAGCAGUGUGUGUCGGAGGGUACAAUACAGUUUGUCUGAUACAGCGAGCAGUGUGUGUCGGAGUGUACAAUACAGUUUGUCUGAUACAGCGAGCAGUGUGUGUCGGAGGGUACAGUACAGUUUGUCUGAUACAGCGAGCAGUGUGUGUCGGAGUGUACAGUACAGUUUUGUGAUACAGCGAGCAGUGUGUGUCGGAGGGUACAGUACAGUUUGUCUGAUACAGCGAGCAGUGUGUGUCGGAGGGUACAGUACAGUUUGUCUGAUACAGCGAGCAGUGUGUGUCGGAGGGUACAGUACAGUUUGUCUGAUACAGCGAGCAGUGUGUGUCGGAGGGUACAGUACAGUUUGUCUGAUACAGCGAGCAGUGUGUGUCGGAGGGUACAGUACAGUUUGUCUGAUACAGCGAGCAGUGUGUGUCGGAGGGUACAGUACAGUUUGUCUGAUACAGCGAGCAGUGUGUGUCGGAGGGUACAGUACAGUUUGUCUGAUACAGCGAGCAGUGUGUGUCGGAGGGUACAGUACAGUUUGUCUGAUACAGCGAGCAGUGUGUGUCGGAGGGUACAGUACAGUUUGUCUGAUACAGCGAGCAGUGUGUGUCGGAGGGUACAGUACAGUUUGUCUGAUACAGCGAGCAGCGUGUGUCGGAGGGUACAAUACAGUUGUUCUCCUGAUACAGCAAGCAGUGUGUGUCGGAGGGUACAGUACAGUUUGUCUGAUACAGCAAGCAGUGCGUGUCGGAGGGUACAUAAAAGUGUGCUUGGUACAUAAGGUAUCGUUAGAAGAGUUUAGUGACAAUACAUUCCGUUUUAAAUAA